AUGAAGCUACAUUAUAAAUUCUCAAAUCUUCUUGGUACUGUGUAUCAUAAAGGUAAUCUUCUCUUUACACCUGAUAGUAAUGCACUUAUCACACCAGUUGGUAAUCGAGCAACUAUGAUCGAUUUAAAAAAUGGUCGAUCAGAAACAUUAUCAUUUGAAAGUGAAUUUAAUAUAAUUUGUUCAACACUCUCAUCUAAUGGUGCACUUUUACUUGUUAUUAAUGAAACUGGUCGAGGUUAUUUAUAUAAUAUCAAAUGUCGUACAUUGAUUGGUAUUCAUCGUUUUGGACAUGAUGUACAUACAAUCAAAUUUAGUCCUGAUUCUAAAUCUGUAGCUGUUUGUCGUGGUAAUCGAUGUGAAAUCUAUACAUGUCCCAGUGCUGAUCGUCAAUUUAAUUUAUUUACAUUAAAAUUUGUUCUUCGUUCAUUUCAUGAUAAAACAACAUGUAUUAAUUGGACAAAUGAUUCUCGUGUUGUUGCUGUUGGUAGUGCAGAUAUGACAACACAAAUAUUUAGUGUACCUUUACUUAAUAAAUUACAUCGAUUUACAUUAGCUGGUCAUGGUCGUGAAAUAGUCGGUGCUUUUUUUGAACAAGAUUCACUCAAUAUCAUGACUAUUUGUAAAAAUGCUAAAGUAAACUAUUGGGUAGCUGAUAUGGAUUUAGCAUCUAUGGAACCUAUGCCAUAUAUAUCUGAUGAAGAUGAAGAUGAUGAUGAUGAUGAAAUGCCAACAUCAUCAAAUGGUCAUGAUGAUGAUGAUGAACAAUUAGAUGAUACUGUUGAACGACAACGAGCUAAACUUGAACGAAAACAAAAACGUUUAGAUCAACAUCUUCUUAAAAAUCCAACUAAAGAUGAUAUGGUUGUUUUCAAACGAAUCAACAAAUUUAAUUAUAAAGAAACAUUUGAAGGUGCUGAUCGUAGUGCUUUACUUCUUUGUGCUGAUUAUCAUCAAAAAACACAUAUGUUAGUAGCUGGAUUUUCUAAUGGACAUUUUUAUCUUCAUGAAAUGCCUGAUUUUAAUAUUAUUCAUUCAUUAAGUAUUGGUGAUCAACAACAAAUGAUUACAUCAACAUUAUUUAGUCCAUUAGGUGAUUGGAUUGCAUUAGCUUGUCAAAAUCUUGGUCAACUUGUUGUAUGGGAAUGGCAAAGUCAAACAUAUGUACUUAAACAACAAGGACAUUUUAAUAAUAUGACACAAUUAACUUAUUCACCUGAUGGAAUGCAUAUAGCUAGUGGUGGUGAUGAUGGAAAAAUCAAAUUAUGGAAUACAUCGAAUGGUUUUUGUUUUGUAACUUUUUCUGAACAUACAUCAACAAUAACUGGACUUGAAUUUGCAUCAAAUGGACAAUUUAUUGUAUCAAGUUCACUUGAUGGAACUGUUCGUGCUUAUGAUCUUUUAAGAUAUCGAAAUUUUCGAACAUAUACAUCUCCAACACCAGUUCAAUUUUCAUGUGUAGCAUUAGAUAUUGCUGGUGAAGUUGUAUGUGCUGGUGGUUUUGAUACAUUUAAUAUAUUUGUAUGGUCAAUUAAAACUGGAAAAUUACUUGAUAUUCUUAGUGGACAUGAAGGUCCAAUAAGUGGAUUAACAUUUGGUCGUAAUACAACACAAACAACAUUAGCUAGUUCUUCAUGGGAUAAAACAUUAAGAACAUGGAAUUUAUUUGAUAGUCAAGGUUCAAGAGAAACAUUUCUAUUAUCAACUGAUGCAUUAUCUUGUGCUUUUCGUCCUGAUGGUCAACAAAUAGCUGUAUCAACUGUUGAUGCACAAAUACUUUUUUUUCAUCCUGAUACUGGUCAACAAAUGGCAUCAAUUGAAGGCAAAUAUGAUUUAGGUUAUGCAAGAAAAGAUACAGAUAAAGUUACAGGAAAAAAACUUACAUUUGGAAGAGCAUAUCGAAGUAUUUCAUAUACACUUGAUGGUAAUUAUUUAUUAGCUGGUGGUCGUUCAAAAUAUAUAUCACUUUAUAAUAUUCAUGAACAAAUUCUUGUUAAACGUUUUGAAAUAACUUGUAAUAAAAGUUUUGAUGGAUUAAAUGAAUAUCUUAAUCGACGAAAAAUGACUGAAUUUGGUAGUUUAGCUUUAAUUGAUAUGGGUCAAGAUGAAGAUGAAAAUGGAAAAAAUAUUCGUUUACCUGGUGUACGAAAAGGUGAUCAUAGUGGUCGACAUUUUAAACCAGAAAUUUUAGUUACUUGUGUACGAUUUUCACCAACAGGACGUGCAUGGGCAGCAUGUACAACAGAAGGUUUACUUAUUUAUUCAAUUGAUAAUACAGCUAUGUUUGAUCCAAUUGAUUUAAAUGAAACAAUAACACCAUUAACUAUUCGACAAACACUUUACGAUAAAAAUGAUUCAUAUAUGGCAUUACUUAUGGCACUUAAACUUAAUGAAAAAUCAUUAAUUACUGAAAUUAUUGAAAAUAUUGAUUCAAAUAAAAUUGAACAUAUUUGUCGAUCAUUACCACUUCUAUAUGUUGAAUUAUUACUAAAUUUUAUUAGUGAACAAAUUCAAUAUUCUCGACAUUUUGCUUUUUAUCUAUCAUGGAUUUAUAAUAUUUUAAUGAAUCAUACAAAUAAUCUUAAACCAAAUUCAACAAAAAUCUUAACAACAUUAUGUAAUUUAGAAAAAAAUCUUACAUUAAAACAUGAUAGUUUAGGUAAAAUUGUUGAAAAUAAUAUCUUUACUAUCGAUUAUUUAUCUACAAUAUCAUCAAUACCUAAAACAGAUGAAAUUAAUGAAGAUAUGGAUACAUCAUCUAUAUCAGGACGAAAACGAAAAAAAUCCGAACAUAUUAAUAAUUCUAUUUCCGAAGAAUAA